CAACAGGCCUCCAGCCAUCUGCAUGCAUCGCACGCGCUGUGCAAACAGCAAUAAUGUGCCCAGAUGUGUCCAAUCCAAAAGCAGCAGCCGCCAGUUAGGCAAUGCCAGCAGCUCAGGCCUAUGGCCGCCGGACUGCAUUACCCACAGGGCGCUGCUGAAUUGCGUUCCGGUUCCAUUUGUCGUGAACUGGGUUCGGUCUGCCCCAUUCCCGCAUGGGAUACGACACGGGCUCCCCAGCUAUAGGGACGUUGCCCAUAGACUAUACGAGUAUUCACAUAGUAGGCAGGUUGCGCAGCUACGUAAGGUUAAGGGAGGCCCGAAGGGACGUGGCCCGUGUAACCCCAAGUCAGCGACAGCGGCCUCGCCGAGAAUGUGAAUCACGACAGGUUAUGAGCCCCGCGUUUGUGCGGUGGCAUCUCGGUAUUUCAUAUGACAGUAUUUUAUAGAUACCUAGAUACAGCAGAGGCGAAACGUCAGCCGCCAUCGUGGACUCGCCACACAGCGCGCGAUAACCAGUUUGCGCCGGCGAUAAUAUCUUAUGGUUAAAUGCUGGAACGGCAGUGAAGCUCAGGAUGACUGAGUGAAGCUUUCGGCCUGCGAGGACAUGCGAGGCGGACAUUCGAAGCUCAAGUGGAGAAAUUGAUGUCCAACGGCUCAGGUAGUCAAUCGAAGUUAUGCAUGAAGUGUUUGCGAAAUGGGCGUGGCACGGGGUGGGCCGCGGGAAUGCGAGCCUGUGUGUGCUGGAGUGCCCUAGGUCGCGAGUAAGCCAUGUGCGUAGCGGGGACUGCCUGGCAAGGGACGUGACACCACAGGGACUGGUGAGAUGAGGGUCGGAAUGGGAAAAAAAACUCCAACCGCAGGCAAUGCGUGAUGGUACGUGCCUGACAGCAGUGACGGUAUGUGUCUGAGUAGAUUGGGGAGCGACCCGUUACGGCCACAUGGAGCCGGGGGAGCAGCGGUUGUGCUGCAGCUAAGGAAACCGACAACAUUCAUCUGACGGACAUGCAGUUGUGAUCACAGCGCGGACGCGCGCAUAGUGUGAUAAGUUAACGACGGAUUGGUGUUGAGAGCAUUACGUGUGGGCACAUGCGUGAAUGCCAUAAUUCUUUGGUGCGCAAUGGUGCGUGCUUUACGUGGCCGAAGGUUGUCGGCUGGCAAUGGCGAGGAAGUUAGGAGGUUGGCUCGAGUGCUAUUGUGCACCUGUGUGAUGUUAAGGGGGGUGUCUACGUGCUAUGCCUAAAAGGAGACGGCAUGCAGGGCGAUUUGCAUGGCGCAGAGGUAUGCAGAGGCCUUAUCAGCAAGUGCAUAUCGAACCGGCUCAAAGCAAUAUGGCUAGUAGCUGGAGCGGGCUUGGAGGUUAGCAAAUGUGUGCUGCGAUGUGGCCCAAUCCAUGAGGAUUGAGGGAUGCUGAGUAGGUAGGCUUGAAACCAGCUGAGCAUGAUUGCUGCUGUGAAAGUGCCGUGCCGAGCCAGCUAUUUGUUGUGAUUACUUAUGAGAUUUGCAGGUUGAACCUUGGAGCUGCGGGUGCUCUGAGAUGGGCAGCCCGCAGGGAGUGUCGUGUUUUUGGGGCUCAGCGGGAUGGUCUGCCCCCAUGCGUGUCAGUACGGUUAGGGCCCGUCCACGCAAGAAAACGCGUCAUGAGAUGACAUGCGUGCGGCGUGCUGUUUGGUGCCUUUUUGGAAUUGUUGUCUGUGAUGUCUGACAGUCACAAUCCCAGUCACAUGGGAUGCGCCUUUACAGGUUGCAGGUGGUCAGCCUGAGGACUUUCUGGAUUAUCAGUACGACGAAGUGUCACUUGCCUUGACAAUGCGGAGACACCUGUAGUGCGAUGUGUGCGUUUACGAAAGGUGACUUUACAGGUGACCAUGAAGCGCGUGCGAGCACGAGGUGCGGAGGAACAAGGGUUGUGAAGUGAACGGGCGGCGCGAAGGGUAGGCGGCCUGAAGGCCUGAAGCCUAUGAACCCGAAAGUUGCCGUUGCAGUGCAGGGUGAGAACGCCCUGAGCUAUCACGAUGAUUGUUGAUGAGGGAGUGCUGUCAAGCGCGGUUGAGCGAUGUUAACUUCUGAUCAUUCGCUAGGCUUGAUACAGUUCUUGUUGCUGAGGUGGUGCGGCAAAGGUGCUGCUGAUGAUUCCUAUGGUUUUGCAGGCAGGUGUGCUGCGAUGUUGUGAUGGUAGAUGUGGUGUUGGGUUGCCGGGAAUGGGCAGCCCGCGGGGGAGUGUCGUGAACUGGGUUCGGUCUGCCCCAUUCCCGCAUGGGAUACGACACGGGCUCCCCAGCUAUAGGGACGUUGCCCAUAGACUAUACGAGUAUUCACAUAGUAGGCAGGUUGCGAAGCUACGUAAGGUUAAGGGAGGCCCGAAGGGACGUGGCCCGUGUAACCCCAAGUCAGC